AGCAGAGCCGCAGACCAGCAGGCACUUGCCUUCCAAGGACGAUGCGAGCAGCAGCUAUCUCCUCGCCGGGGCUGGACAAGAUGCCAGGCAUGUUUCUCUCGGCUCAUCCAAAGGAACUCAGGGGAACUGACCAUUCACUUCUAGACAACAAAGCGCAAAAACGGAGGCCAAAGACUUUUGGAAUGGACGUGAAAGCGUACCUGAGAUCAAUGAUCCCACAUCUGGAAUCUGGAAUGAAACCUUCCAAGUCCAAAGACAUACUCUCUGCGGAUGAAGUCAUGCAGUGGUCUCAAUCUCUGGAAAAACUUCUUGCCAACCAAACUGGUCAAGAUGUCUUCGGAAAUUUCCUAAAGUCUGAGUUCAGUGAGGAGAAUAUUGAGUUCUGGCUGGCUUGUGAAGACUAUAAAAAAACAGAGUCCGAUCUUUUGCAUCGCAAGGCAGAACAAAUUUAUAAAGCAUUUGUGCAGUCGGACGCUGCCAAACAAAUCAAUAUUGACUUUCACACUCGGGAAGCUACAGCCAGGAAGAUCAAAGCAGCAACACCCACGUGUUUUGAUGAAGCCCAGAAAACCAUAUACACUCUUAUGGAGAAGGACUCCUACCCCAGGUUCCUCAAAUCAAAUAUAUACUUAAAUCUUCUGAAUGACCUUCAGGCCAACAGUCUAAAGUGACCGGUUCCCGGCUGUAAGAUACUCAAGAUGGUAUCAAGUCCAGAAGGAAUGUACCAGCCGGCCUCCCUGGGGGAACACUCUGGCCUUUGGGGAUGAGUCACAGGCCCAGAAGAAGAAGCAAUGACUCAGAAUGGACUAACAUGGCAGUUAUCCAGGCUCAGGGCUAGAGAAGCAUGACAUGAAAACCGAGAGUGGGUAGAAGGAAGGAGAUACACGGUACUGUCAUAAAACUCAGGGGACCUAGGGAGCAGAACAUCCCUCAGAACAGAGAAGGCCGGGUCAUUCGAGCUCCACAAAAACUGUGAAUACAGGUUGUGAAACUGGUUAAACUGUGCUAUAAGCUUCAAGGUCAACUGACAUUUAUGCUGCAUGUCGUUGUAUACAGACGGCGCUGAGCUGCAGAAGUCUCCUUUAUUUGGAGGACUGUUGGGAAAGUACCAUUGCUGUUAUUGACACCAAGUGUUUUGUGUUGUUUGUCUGAUUGUUUGGGGCUUGAAAGAGAUGAAGAAGCAAACAAUGUAUUUAACUUAUGCUAUUGCCUUAAAGUUGGGAAAAUCAGAACAUAUUUGUAAAUUAAGUUAUCAUAGCGUCAACAAUAAAUAUGAGUUUUGUAUUAAA